UGAGAUAAAAGGCCGUUGGAGGUGGAUUACAAGUUAUUCAGUGUCAAUUCUUGGACUUGAAAUGACCGAAAAAGUGCUAAUCUACGUUUUCUUGCUGGCAACUGUUCUUGUUGCAACAAAUGGCUUAACGUGCUACACGUGCGAUUCUGAUGAAGAUCCUGGUUGCCUUGACAAUCCCGAAGAUCAAAGGGCUUUCCUCUGUCGAAUCAUGAAUGUAGGCGAGGAGAGUUUCAGGUGCAUGACCAUUACAGCCAUUAAAGGGGAGCAAAGGAUUGCUGUUCGACGGUGUGCCAUGGAUGGUGAAUGUCAAGUUCAAUUGGCUGUUGAUAAUUCUUUUGAUUGGGGCGGAGAAAUCUUCCCAGAUGCUCAAUGUUCAGUAUGUGCUACGGAUUAUUGCAACACUCAAUAAAAUCUUCUGA